GUUUCUGUAAAGAUGAUUCCAGAGGAAUCGCUUGAUGAAAAUCAAAUCGUAGAACAAGGCCUAAUACAUGAAUUAUGUUCAUUCAUAUCACCUGAAGAUAAUGUCAGCUCUACUGAAAUCAUCAGCUCUUGCGUUAGUUUAGAGAAUUUGAUUUUGGGUUCUGCCCAGCACUUAUCUUAUUUAUUUGAAAUAGCAAUAAAAUCCAGUCAGCAGGAAAUAUUAGACUGGUACAAUUAUUCUUUUGAAUUUGAGAGUAAGGUUGAUGCUCUUAUGGCUGAUGGAAAUGAAACCAUUUCUCCUUACUAA